AUGGCAAAUAAUUUAAUAAUAAAAUCAUUUAUAUUCUUGUUCAUUACAAUACAAAUCAUCACAUCAAUUCCUGCGGUAAAUGCAGAUUUUAGUCCUUUAGGUAAAAGUUUGCCGUUUUCAAUUGGAAAUGACUUAAUUGGCAUUUAUAAUCAAGAUAAUUCCAAUGGUGGUGGAUAUCAUCAAGCAAAAGUUUACUUUAAGACAACCGUACCAUCAAUAAAUCCUGAUCAAACCGACUCCGUGAAAGAUAUUAAAUGUGACACCAGUGCCAAAACCAUCACAUUGACUCUUGCCGAUAAAGCUUCAUUGAAAACUAUUGACAAUUGGCCCGACAAUGUCAUCUUAAUGAUAUCUCAUAAACAUGAAUGUUUCGGAAAAUAUACCACCCAAUAUUAUUUUGUCGGAAAUCAAACUAUCGACGAACCAAAUUUAAGCGCAAAAUUUACUACUCAACCAUGUGACCCAAAGGCCUGGUCUAGCGAAUUUUCAUUUGAUUUACAAUGGAUCAACGGUGGAACAACUCCACAAAGAAGAAAUCUAUAUGGGAAAAGAAUACCUUUUAACAAAAAAAGAUCAGAUAGAUUAAUAAAUAAACGUAUUGCCGCUGAUAAAAGUUUAAAAUUGGAUUUGAAUGUUUUAUUUGAUGAAACAACCGGAAAAUCUUCCAAACCAAAUUUUCCAAUAUUAUCAUCCAGCCAAAACAAUACUGCUGAAUCAUUGGUUUGUGCCGAUUGCUAUGUGAAUGGUGAGGCAACUCUCUUUAUGCACAUUUCUGGAAAAGGACUUAAGAUUAAUGAAGCAAGGGUUGGAAUUAAUGGUAAUAUAAAAUUAAAUGUUGACUUGGGUCUCAACGGACAAGUUAGUGUCAGUCUCAACUCACCAGACCUUCAAAUUUUUGACAUCCCAUUGAGUCCAUUGGGUAUACCAAACAUUUUUAAUAUCGGUCCUUCCAUACUUUUGGCUGCAAGUGCUCAAGUUUCUACAUCCGUCAAAGGCACUUUAACCACGGGCGGCGAGUUGUCCAUGCCUGAUUUCAAGGCAGAAUUAAAUUUCGAUGAUUUCAAAAAUCCCAAAUCUUCCAAAUCCGGAUUCGACAUUCAAUCAAAAUCACACGACUCAAAAUUCGGGGGGCUUACUAGCUCAUCCGAAAUUAGCGGCUCUUUGAAACCACAAUUAGCUCUCAAUAUCGAUGUUCUUAAUGGAUUGGUCAGUUUGAAAACUGGCAUUAAUAUUGUCACCACAUUGAGUGCCAACCUUGACAUUGGUUCAGCUUCUGGUUGCAAAUCUAAAACGACUCCUCAUAUUUCAACUGGUUUCAGGGGUAAUCUAGGUUUCUUUGUGGGUAGUAAUAAUUUCCCUAUAUUGAGUUUCCCUUCAAAAACUUUGGCUGAAGUAUGCUUGGAAUGA